GAGAAAGGGCUUCUCUCUACUCCGAAAGAUCCGAAGCUUGGUCACUCCCAAGUAAAAGUGUGUAAACGAACCACUCACUCUCUUUCCCAUGGCCGCUGCUGCAGUUGUUUCCAACGGCAAUCACGCGGCCGUUCAAACCCCGUCCACCGGCCGCUUCGCUGCCGGUUACAGCGAAGUACAGAACAGCCGCCUCGAUCACUCCCUCCCCCUGCCUUCCGUUCUCAAAAGCUCCUUGAAAGUCGUCGACGGUCCUCCUAGCUCCGCCGCCGGAAAUCCAGAUGAGAUUGCGAAAUUGUUUCCUUGUCUUUUCGGACAACCGUCAGUAAAUUUGGUGCCAGGAGAUGCCGCCGGUGAACUGGCGCCCAAAGCAUUGAAGAUUGGUGUGGUUUUAUCUGGAGGACAAGCUCCCGGAGGGCACAAUGUUAUUUCUGGAAUUUUUGAUUACCUGCAGGAUCGUUGCAAAGGGAGUACAUUGUAUGGAUUCCGUGGUGGGCCAGCUGGGAUUAUGAAGGGCAAGUAUGUAGUGUUGACCCCUGAGUAUAUCUAUCCUUACAGAAACCAGGGUGGAUUUGAUAUGAUUUGCAGUGGGAGAGACAAAAUUGAGACUCCGGAACAGUUUAAACAAGCUGCAGAUACAGCAGUUAAGCUUGAUCUAGAUGGUCUUGUAGUUAUUGGUGGAGAUGAUUCAAACACAAAUGCCUGCCUUCUGGCUGAAAAUUUCAGGAGCAAAAACUUGAAAACCAGAGUUAUUGGAUGUCCAAAGACCAUAGAUGGUGAUCUAAAAAGUAAAGAGGUGCCUACAAGUUUCGGUUUUGAUACUGCAUGCAAGAUUUAUGCUGAGAUGAUUGGCAAUGUCAUGGUGGAUGCUCGUUCAACUGGAAAAUAUUAUCACUUUGUUCGACUUAUGGGGCGUGCUGCGUCUCACAUUACUUUGGAGUGUGCCUUGCAAACUCAUCCUAAUGUCACUCUAAUUGGUGAAGAGGUUGCUGCUAAAAAACAAACCCUUAAAAAUGUCACUGACUACGUUGCGGAUGUGAUCUGCAAACGUGCCGAACUUGGCUAUAACUAUGGUGUUAUACUCAUCCCUGAAGGACUUAUUGAUUUUAUUCCAGAGGUUCAGCAGCUCAUUGCAGAACUGAAUGAGAUUUUGGCCCACGACGUAGUUGAUGAAGCUGGCAUUUGGAAAAAGAAACUCACUCCUCAGUCUCUUGAGCUCUUUGAUUUUCUACCCCAAGCUAUCCAGGAGCAAUUGAUGCUUGAGAGAGAUCCACACGGAAACGUCCAGGUCGCCAAAAUUGAAACUGAGAAAAUGCUUAUUCAAAUGGUUGAAACUGAGUUGGAGGUGAGGAAGCGAGCUUCUGCAUACAAAGGUCAAUUCAAAGGGCAGUCACAUUUUUUCGGAUAUGAAGGAAGAUGUGGUUUACCAUCUAAUUUCGAUGCCACAUACUGCAAUGCCUUGGGUUAUGCUGCUGGUGUAUUGCUUCAUAGUGGGAAAACUGGAUUGAUAUCCUCGGUCGGAAACUUGGCUGCCCCUGUGGCUGAAUGGACUGUAGGUGGAACAGCGCUGACCUCCCUAAUGGAUGUCGAAAGGAGACACGGUAAGUUCAAGCCAGUGAUAAAGAAGGCUAUGGUUGAGCUGGAAGGUGCCCCAUUCAGGAAAUAUGUGUCUAAGCGGGAAGAGUGGGCUCUUAAAAACCUAUACAUUAAUCCUGGUCCAAUUCAAUUUGUGGGGCCAACAGCCGAUAAAGUGAAUCACACCUUAUUGCUGGAACUCGGUUAUCAAAUACUAUAAAUGUGUGAUCUCUGCUGCUCUCCCUGAAUUUCCUUUUCCUCAAGAGGGUUAUUUUGUUAUAAUUGGCACUGUUUUUUGAGACAGGUAGAUGAAUAAUUUAUCUUCGACAUUUAAUGUCCUAGAAUGGUUGGCACGAAAAAAGAAUUUCAUGAAUAUUUUUGGUGGUUCAA